AUGUUCCCGUGGCGUCAAGAAUUAAGUCGAGAGCGACGUCUAUUCGUUCUUCAGCGCAUACGUCUAAUUCUAAUUUCUGGUCGCUGUUCAUGGGCUCAAGCUAUACCAACCAUUGAUCUUCAUGCUUCACUUGUGGCUGCUGAACGACGAGCAUAUGAUCAUGCUCGAACAUUUGAUUCUUACGUAUGUCUAAUUUUUACGUUUGCUAGCGAUGAAGCAAGACGUCGUCUUCAGCAUCAACAACGGCAACAACAGAUGCAAGAACGUGAAGUACGUGAAGUACGAAGUGAUUUAUCAUCGGAUGUUUCAGAAAAUGCACAACUAUAA